UACAAUUGUAUGGUAUGAUUUAUGGUAGUUUAGAAGAAGAAGAAUUGGAAUGAGAUAAAAGCGAAAGGUGAAGAAGAAGAAGAAUUGGAAUGGAGUGCAGAUAUGUCACAACUGUUUAUCGGGAACAAAUUCGCCAUGGGAAGACACAGUAGGAUUUACAGAGGAGUUUAUAAGCAGAAAGAUGUUGCUGUUAAGCUUAUUAGUCAGCCUGAAGAAGAUCCCGAUUUGGCUUCUAUGUUGGAAAAACAGUUCACUUCUGAGGUCGUCUUGUUUUUUCGUCUCAAGCAUCCCAAUAUCAUCACUCUUGGUGAAGAUAUGUGUGUAAAAGUAGCAGAUUUUGGUAUCUCGUGUUUAGAAUCUCAAUGUGGCAGUGCAAAGGGAUUUACGGGUACUUAUCGUUGGAUGGCACCAGAAAUGAUCGAAGAACUGAAACACACAAAGAAAAUUGAUGUCUACAGUUUCGCAGUUGUCUUGUGGGAGCUUUUAACUGCGUUGACACCAUUUGACGAUAUGACUCCGGAACAGGCUGCAUUUGCAGUAUGCCAAAAGGUAACGGAGUUGAGAGAGAAGUUGUCAAGGGUAGAAGAGGAACUCGAGACCGAACGGAAGAAUAGGGCAAAUUUGGAGGCCAGACAAGCUGCCUCAGCAGCUGAACAGGCCAGACAAGCUGCUGCGUUUAUGCGGCAGUCAGGAUACGUUUUCUCACCUCCCCCAGAUCCCGAUAGUUAG